AUGGGUCGGUACGUCAAGAAUGUUCCUUUGCCGAUACGUGACUUUCCGAACAGUUUGGAAGACGCAGCGCUUCACGGGUUCUUGGAUCCGAAGCGAGAUAAAGUUACAAGAUGGGAAGAUUUGGCUAAGGCAUUCGUAGAACAAUACCAAUACAACACCGAGAUGGCCCCAACAAGGGAAGUGUUGUCCCGUACGAUCAAGAAGAGAGACGAGUCAUUUAGGGUUUUUGCACAUAGAUGGCGCGCUUUGGCUGCCGAAGUUCGCCCACCUCUUGAGGAACCCGAGAUGAUCAGCAUGUUUGUAAAAACUCUUCCAAAUGAGUUUUAUCAAAAGCUCAUUGGAGCAGGAUUUCAAAAUUUUCCCUUGCUCGUCGAAGCCGGGGAGAGAAUUGAGGGUGGAAUGCACGAAGGAAGAAUAGCGGAAGGCAAACAGCUUGUGACUAAAGAAGCUGCUCGAGCUAACCCCCCGAAGUAUCGUGGGUUCGACCUUUCCAAAUCCCGCGCUUUCCACACGGGAGAAAGAGGGCACGACGUUGACGGUUGCUACGUCCUCAAGCAUAAAGUCCAGGAUCUUGUAGAAGGAAAUCGUUUGUCGUUUAAGGACUUCGAGCCGAAUGUGCAGAGAAACCCGCUACCGUGCCACGCUCCAAAUGUUGCAAUCAUUGAAGAGGUGAGAAGCGUCACCAAGAAGAGAUUCCGAAUAGAUGUCGUGGAAAUGUAUCAAGCACUCGUUUCGGCUGGACAUUACAAUGGUACGGAUUUAAUCCCCAUCCAAGAGAAGCGUGUACGCAUCGCCGAGAUGGUCCGAACCGGAGUAAUUCGGGCUACCCCAAAUGAAGUCAUUGGCACUUCAACCCCUCAUGUGUGCCUGGAUCCGAAUGAGACACUCAUCGCUAUGGUAGAGCUCGUGGUAAUAGACCUCACUGUCGUAGAGGAUCUAGGCGAUUACGAACUUGAAGAUGAGGGCCAUAUGGUUAUUGAUCUCACUUCCGAAGAAUUCAUCCGUAUGGGGGCUCGGUUGGAUGCUAGCUUGGGCAUCGUGGGAAGCAGCCUAUGCCCAAUCACGGUUGACACACCAUCGGCGGUUGCAAGUGAAGGCGCACCUGUCGCCAUCGACAAUAAGGAAGUGGCCCGGGACUAUGGGACUGAGGCGCUUGAUUCGGUCACCCGGACGGGUCGUUCUUAUGCACCUCCAGGGCCGUCUCAGAAGAAACCCGUGACGGAAGCGGAGGCUGAACAUCUUCUAUCUGUUGUAAAAACUAGUGAAUUCUCCGUGGUGGAUCAGCUUAGAAAAAUGCCGGCCCGCAUUUCCAUCCUCGAGUUAUUCCAAUCGUCGGAAAAGCAUAAAGAAGCCCUUCUAAAGGUGCUUAACGAGGUGCAUGUUCCCGAUACUACCGGCGCACUCCGGUUGGAGGAAUUCGUUGGCUCUAUUCUACCGAAUGAUCAAAUAUCAUUUUCCGAUGAAGAUCUUCCGUCCGGUGGUCCUUCGCAUUGCAAUGCUCUCCACAUCUCCAUUACAUGCCGAAGCGGAAUGAUUUCACGAGUCCUUAUUGACAAUGGGUCUGCGGUGAACAUUUGCCCCCCGAGUACAUACCGUCUACUGGGAUUUGAAGAGUCGCAGAUGCAUCCAUCUAGGUCGAAUGUGAGGGCUUUCGAUGGUAUGAGCAAGAAUGUCCUCGGUGAGGCUAAACUGGAAGUGUUAAUUGGGCCUUCCAGGUUCUCAAUGACGUUUCAAGUACUGGACAUUCCAUCUUCCUUCAACAUGCUUCUGGGUAGACCGUGGAUUCAUAUGGCUAGGGCUGUCCCUUCAAGCCUCCAUCAGAAGGUUCGAUUUAUUGAUAACGGUCAAAUGAUAACGGUUAAUGGAGAAAUGGACAUGCGACUUCCCGAGGGAGUUGUCGUCUCAUACAUUCCGCCUAGAGCUGAAGAUGAAGCCGGUUAUCAUACAUUCGAACCGGUAUCAACAAUACAUGUCCCGGAAGAUGCCGUCACUCAACCCCCGUCGCUGUCCGGCCUCGCCCUUAUGUCUAGCGCAGUGUUGCUUCAAUACGGACAUAUCCCUGGAGAAGGCUUGGGAUUGUAUGGUCGUGGCAUCACCGAACCCAUUCGCGUAGAACCGGAUAAUGGUCCUUUCGGACUUGGUUAUUCCGGAAGUCGUAAUCGAUCCGACGGCCCCACGGCUCGUCCUGUUUCGACGUAG